GCCCCGGGCAUGAAGUUGGGCCCGCGCCGGGCUCGGAGCGGGGGCGCGGCCGAGCCCGGAGCCUCGCGCGGCUAGAGCCCGCUCGCUCCUCCGUGCGUGCGCCAUGGAGCUCCGGGGGCUCGGGGCGCCGCUGCUGCCGCCGCUGCUGCUGCUCCUGGGCGCCGGUCUCCUGCCCGCGAGCAGCCCCGAGGAGACGCAUGCCCACGCGGAGGAGAGACUGCUGAAGCGACUCUUCUCGGGCUACAACAAGUGGUCCCGGCCAGUAGCCAACAUCUCAGACGUGGUCCUGGUCCGCUUCGGCCUGUCCAUUGCCCAGCUCAUUGAUGUGGAUGAGAAGAACCAGAUGAUGACAACGAAUGUGUGGGUGAAGCAGGAGUGGCACGACUACAAGCUGCGCUGGGACCCCGGGGACUACGAGAAUGUCACCUCCAUCCGCAUCCCCUCGGAGCUGAUCUGGAGGCCGGAUAUCGUCCUCUACAACAAUGCGGACGGCGACUUCGCGGUCACCCACCUGACCAAGGCCCACCUCUUCCAUGACGGGCGGGUGCAGUGGACGCCCCCGGCCAUCUACAAGAGCUCCUGCAGCAUCGACGUCACCUUCUUCCCCUUCGACCAGCAGAACUGCACCAUGAAGUUCGGCUCCUGGACGUACGACAAGGCCAAGAUCGACCUGGUGAGCAUGCACAGCCGGGUGGACCAGCUGGACUUCUGGGAGAGCGGCGAGUGGGUCAUCGUGGACGCGGUGGGCACCUACAACACCAGGAAGUACGAGUGCUGCGCGGAGAUCUACCCCGACAUCACGUACGCCUUCGUCAUCCGGCGCCUGCCGCUCUUCUACACCAUCAACCUCAUCGUGCCCUGCCUGCUCAUCUCCUGCCUCACCGUGCUGGUGUUCUACCUGCCCUCCGAGUGCGGCGAGAAGAUCACGCUGUGCAUCUCCGUGCUGCUCUCGCUCACCGUCUUCCUGCUGCUCAUCACCGAGAUCAUCCCGUCCACCUCGCUCGUCAUCCCGCUCAUCGGCGAGUACCUGCUCUUCACCAUGAUCUUCGUCACGCUCUCCAUCAUCAUCACCGUCUUCGUGCUCAACGUGCACCACCGCUCGCCCCGCACGCACACCAUGCCCGCCUGGGUGCGCAGGGUCUUCCUGGACAUCGUCCCGCGCCUGCUCUUCAUGAAGCGGCCGUCCGUGGUGAAAGACAACUGCCGGCGGCUCAUCGAGUCCAUGCACAAGAUGGCCAACACCCCCCGUUUCUGGCCCGAGCCGGAGGGCCAGCCUGGCAUCCCAGGUGAUGCCCACGGCAUCGCCGGCCCGUCGCCCAGCCCGUCCUUCUGUGCCCCUCCAGACACACCGGCGGAGCCCCGGCCCGUCUGCAAGCCGCCCUCCGACCAGGCUCCCGCUACCCAGUCCUCGGAGACCAAGCAGACCAGCCCCGGUCACUCGCCCGGUUCGCGUGGGCUGCCCAACAGUGCCGGGGCCCCCGGGCUCGUCAAAGCCAGGUCCCUGAGCGUCCAGCACGUGUCCAGCCCCGGGGAGGCGGCGGAGGUCAGUGUCCGGUACCGGUCUCGAAGCAUCCAGUGCUGUGCUCCCCGAGACGGCCCUGCUUCUCCGGCCGAAGGUCCACCAGCUGGCUCCCCCACGUCGCUGAAGCCCCGCUGGACCCAGCUCCCCAGCCCAGCCCGGCCAUCUCCCUGCAAAUGCUCCUGCAAGGAGCCCCCACCCGUGUUCCCGGUCACCGUGCUCAAGACCCAAGGCGCCAAGGCCCCAGCCAGUCCCCUGCCGCUGUCCCCGGCCCUGAUGCGGGCGGUAGAGGGGGUUCAGUACAUUGCAGACCACUUGAAGGCAGAAGACACAGAUUUCUCGGUGAAGGAGGACUGGAAGUACGUGGCCAUGGUCAUCGACCGCGUCUUCCUCUGGAUGUUCAUCAUCGUCUGCUUGCUGGGCACCGUGGGCCUCUUCCUGCCGCCCUGGCUGGCCGGCAUGAUCUAGGCACAGAGUCGGGGGGCCCCGGGGGGCUGCAUGCCCCUGGCUCCGGGCUCGGGGGGUCACAGCCCUUGCCUGCUGCCCCCCAGCUCCCGAGCCUCCUGUGAGACGUCUUGAGGGAGCGCCUGCCUUGUGGGACUGGAAUUGGUGGUGAGGCUGCGGCCGUGUCCUGGGCUCUGUUCACGGGGCAGAGUCACACCCCGAGCCCGAUUAAAGUUCCUAGAGUGGG